AUGCGGUCCAGACAAGAGUCUGGGUCUUCUGAAUCUGAAGAUAAUUCUGAUGUCCAGUUUUUCUCUGACGAAGAAGAGGAGGAGAUAGAUCAUUCAUCAAGAUCACUGGAUUCUAGAUCCGUGGAGAAGUUGAUUUCACUAUUAAGAAAUACUUUAAGGAUCCCUGAAGAUAAAGCAGAGGUGCGUGAGUCAGACAGGUAUUUUGAAGAUCUUAGGUCAAAUAGACCUACCUUUCUGGUUCAUGCAGCUAUCAAAGAAGUCAUCUCUCAAGAAUGGAGUAGGCCAGAGAAGAAAGCUACUCUGAAGAGUAAAGCUUCUAGGGUAUAUCCAUAUUCUCAGGUGGAUUCUAAAGCUUGGAUGUCCAUUCCUAAGAUUGAUGUGGCUGUUAUCCAUAUGGCCAAAAAGACUACUCUUCCAGUAGACUCAAUGGCUUAUUUACGCGAACCCAUGGAAAAACAGUUGGAUGCGGAUUUAAUUAAGGCAUACCUGGCUCUGGGGUCUGCUUUACUUCCAGCAGUGGCAUUGACGACACUUUCUAGAGCCUUAAAGGUUUGGCUACAGAAUUUGUAGGAAGAUAUAGCAACGGGGAUUCGCAGUGAGCAUCUGAUUGAAAGUCUGAAAGAUUUCCACUUGGCAUCAGAAAUUUGCUCAGAGGCCUCUCUCGAUAUUACCAAGAUGGUGGCUAAGAGCAUGGCUCUGACGGUAGCAUCCAGAAGGACGUUGUGGCUACAUGCUUGGGGUGCGGACUAUGCAUCAAAAGCAUCUUUAUGUGCUCUUCCCUUUCAAGGCGAUCUACUUUUCGGCAAAGUUCUGGAGGAGGCCAUCCAUAAGGCAGCUGAUGGUAGAAGAGCCUUUCUUGCUCAGGACAAAAGGCGUCCCUUAUCCAGUAUGUGGAAGAAUAAAAUAUAAGGAUCGCUCCUUUCGUGACUCCAGGACAUAUUGUCCAGGCAGAGAGUACAAGAAAUACUCAAAUUAGAGAACAAAUCAACCAUCUUCUUCUUCCUCAAAGUUCUCCAGAGGUAGAGGUUCCAGACCUGCUAAUAAGGGAUUCUGAAGGUGCGCAGGUCCAGCCAGGGAUAGGAGGUCGUCUCCUAAAGUUCUUCCCCGUCAGGAUCAAAAACGUCUCCGAUUCAUGGGUACUGUCAAUUAUAAAAGAAGGAUACAUCAUAGAAUUUUCAAGUAUCCCACCACCUACCUUCAAGCAAUCUCGCGUGGCAAGAGGGAUAAAGGAAGUAGCUAUGAUGGCUUGCAUCAAGGAACUAACCCUACAAAGAGGUUAUUGUGGAGGUUCCGAAGGCAGAAAAGUUCAAAGGCCACUAUUCAACCGUGUUUCUGGCUCCAAAGCCUUUAGGCAAAUGGAGACUGAUUCGGGACCUAAAGGUCUUAAACUCCUACCUAGAGACUAAGUCAUUCAGGAUGGAGUCCAUUUCCAGUAUUGUCGGCAACAUAAAGGAGGGAAGUUGGAUGACAUCCAUAGACCUCAAGGACACAUUAUCAGAUUCCCAUUCACCCAUCGCAUGUAAAGUUUCUGCGUUUUUACAUAUGGGGGAAGCAUUACCAAUUCAGGGGACUUCCCUUUGGGCUUAGUCUAGCUCCAAGGACGUUCUCGAAGGUUCUCAUUGCACCGAUUGCCAUUCUAAGGUUGCAGAGGAUAGAGAUUUUCCAUUACCUUGACGAUAUUCUUAUCGUGGGUUCCUCGGCCAAGGAAGUGUCACUUCACACUCAAACUGCUAUUCACUGUCUACAGGCUCACGGAUGAAUGCUGAACUUAGGGAAGAACUCUCUGAUACCAUCCCAUAAGAUAAUUUUCCUGGGGGCAAAAAUAGAUACUGCUGUAGCAACUCUCUCUCUUUCGCCAGAAAGAAUGACAAAGAUUUGCGAGAAGAUUAUGGAUAUUCAAGACCGUCAGUCCCUUUCUGCCAGAAGCUAUAUGAGCCUCUUGGGGUCCCUGACGUCCACGAUAGGGCUGGUAAGAUGGGCCCAUUGGCAAAUUCGACCUAUCCAGAUGGGGUUUCUAUGGCAGUUCAACAAGCACAAUCCGAACUGGGAUCAAAAAAUUGUUCUUAUGAAGUAUGCAAAGAAUCAGCUGAAGUGGUGGAAGAACAAGAAGAAUAUGAGUCAGGGGUUUCCAUUGGAGGAACUGAACUGGUUAAUAGUUACUACGGACGCAAGCUUACAAGGUUGGGGAGCUUAUCUGGGAUCUCUUUGGAAACAGGGAAGGUGGUCCAACACGGAGAGAAAAAUGCAUUCAAACUUAAAAGAGUUGAGAACUAUUCUCAAGGCCCUUCAAGGGUUCCUUCAUUUAAUACAAGAUGCUUGGAUUAUGAUUCAGACAGACAACAGGGCAGUGGCAUCAUACGUGAACCACCAAGGUGGUACUCGGAGCAAGCUUCUGUUGAGGGAACUAACUCCUCUUAUGUCUCUGGCACAGAAUCAUCUUCAGGGAUUAAAGGCAGUAUAUCUACCAGGUCCUCAAAAUAUUUUGCCAGAUUACCUGAGCAGAUCAAGUAUUUUGCCAGGAGAAUGGAAGCUACAUACAGAAGUAUUCCAAGCAAUUAUUCUUCGGUGGGGCAUACCACAGAUCGACUUAAUGGCUACGAACAGGAACACUCAGGUACCGAAGUACUUCUCUCUUCUAGCAGCCCAUCGGGCAAUGGGUCAGGAUGCUUUGUCUCAAAUAUGGGAUUUCUAUCUGGGAUAUGUAUUUUCUCCCUUACCGAUAAUUCAUCGCUUACUAAAGAAAAUUUGGAUGGAGAAUCAAGUGAUAAUAGCUAUCAUCCCGUUCUGAUCAAGGAGGCCCUGGUUCCCUCUCCUGUGCAAGAUGUCCUUGGAGGAACACUGGCAGCUUCCAAUCAGGAAUGAUCUGCUAAGCCAGGGUCCUGUCUACCAUCCCAACUUCGUACAUCUGAGACUGGGGGCUUGGCUUUUGAAAGGGAACGGCUCCUGCAAACAGGAUUGUCUGAGGCAGUAACGAAUAUGCUUCUUCUGUCUAGGAAGAAAUCUACGUCCAAGUGUUAUCACCGUAUAUGGGAAUCAUUUAAGUCCUGGAAUCUUGACAAAGGUCUAGACUUCUUGAAACCUGAUCAGAACCAGAUUUUGGAGUUCUUACAGGCUGGAUUGGAUAAGGGUUUAAACCUGAGUACCUUGAAGGUGCAGUGUUCGGCACUAUCGGCCCUCUGUAACUACUCUUUGGCUUCAAAUCCUCUGAUUGACAGGUUCUUUAAGUCUACCAUUUGCAUUAGACCUCCUCUGCGCAACUAUGCUCCUCCUUGGGAUCUUCCUCUGGUCUUGGAUGCCUUGUCCGAAAUUCCUUUUUCUCCUCUAGAGAACUUGGAUUUCUCUCACAUACAAAACUCUUUUUGUUGGCUGUUACGUCAGCCAGAAGAAUCUCGGAGGUGAGAGCUCUCUCCUAUGAAGAGGACUAUAUUCAGGUUUUCCAAGAUAGAGUGGUUUUAUGUCCAAAGUUGGAAUUCCUUCCGAAAGUUGUCUCAAAAUUUCACUUACACCAGGAGAUAGUUCUGCCUUCUUUUUUUCCUGAACCUUCCUUGGAGCUGGAGGUGAAGCUUCAUAAUCUGGAUAUUAGGGAAUACUUGAUCAGGUAUUUGUCUGUUUCUAGUACAUUUCGUAAGACGGAUCAUUUGUUCAUUAUUCCUGAAGGCUCCAGGAAAGUUGAAGCUGCUUCCAUUUCUACACUACGUAGAUGGAUUUCCAACAUCAUCACUAAAGCUUACACUCUGAAAGGUGUUUCUCCUCCGAAACGGAUUCUCAUUCGACUAGGCCUUUGGCUACUUCAUGUGCUAAUUGGGCAGAGGUGUCCCCUGAUGACAUAUGCAAGGCAGCAACGUGGUCUUCUCCUAUGACCUUCAUAAAACAUUAUAGGCUGAAUGUAGCCUCUUCUUCUACUAAGUUUGGCAGAAGCGUGUUGGCUUCCGUUAGCUCAGCAAAAUAAAAUUAAAUGUUAUUGCAGUUAAAAUGUGUGGAUUAUUUUUCCCAACCUUUCUUGCUAGUUUGCUUGGGUAUUACCCAUAAGUGAUGCUGCCAUGAUUAGCCAGGAAUACCAAAAUUUUGUUUCAUACUUACCAGUAAAUUUAUUUUCCUGGCUAUUUCUCAUGGCAGCAUCAGGUUCCCGCCCUGGGUUUUGUCUGAGCUUUUCAAUUGGACUGAGGUAUGGAGGGAGGAGGAACCCUUUAUGCCUACAGCCUCAUUAAUUGUUUAAUUGUUUUCUGUCCUGAUCCGGCUGAGGGUGGAGCUAACCCAUAAGUGAUGCUGCCAUGAGAAAUAGCCAGGAAAAGAAAUUUACUGGUAAGUAUGAAACUAAAUUUCGGUAUCUAGCACCAAAAAUUAAAAAAAUGUACUUUUUAAAACUCCAAUGUAAGCAGCAGAUUAGCAGCAAAACAAUUAGAAUUUUUACAACUGCGCAGUAAGCGCACUAUUAGACGCUUCAAUUUGACUCUCAGAUAUGAAGUGCACCGCAGGCCACAAAUGUACUAUUUAGCAGAUUAGCAGCAAAACAAUUAUAAUUUUUACAACUGCGCAGUACGCGCACUAUUAUACUCUUCUAUUUGACUCUCAGAUAUGAAGUGCACGCCCCAAAAUGUACUAUUUAGCAGAUUAGCACCCAUAAAAUUAGAAUAUUUACCACUGCGCUGUAAGUACACUAUUAGACGCUUCGAUUUGACUCUCAGAUAUGAAGUGCACCGCAGGCCGCAAAUGUACUAUUUAGCAGAUUAGCAGCAAAACAAUUAGAAUUUUUACAACUGCGGUGUAAGCACUUUAUUAGACGCUUCUAUUUGACUCUCAGAUAUAGAAAGCACUCCCCAAAAUGUACUAUUUAGCAGAUUAGCACCCAGAAAAUUAGAAUUUUUACACGCUAUUAGACGCUUCGAUUUGACUCUCAGAUAUGAAGUGAACACCCCAAAUAUACUGAGCAAAAAACAGGGCGCAAGAGAAUACUGAGAACAGGCAGCAGCUGAAAUAGCCUGCCCUUCGGUGGUUCCCCGCUUAGUUCUCAAGCUGGUUUUAGCUCAUCUUGUGCCAUUACAGAGAGAACAUCUCUGAAGCAUAUCAGACUAGUCCCGCCCAUACGGGCAGUCCAUAUCCGAAAUGCCAGCAAGUUCGCUCUGCACAAGAGAUACAGCAACCCCAGACGAUUGUUUCAGCCUUGUUAGGCAUCAUCAGUGAGGCAUAGCUGAUAUCUCUCUAGACACUGUGAGCAAGGGGUCCACAUCUGGAUUACCCUUUAAACUUAUGGAGAGCAAAAAAUGGGGUGCAAGAGAAUACUGAGAACAGGCAGCAGCUGGAAUAGCCUGCCCUUCGGUGGGUCCCCACUCUGUUCUCAAGCUGGUUUUAGCUCAUUGUGGCGAAACUGGCCUCGCCACGUGUCCUUGGAGGGGGCUGCUUGCCCGCCUCUUGCCUUUGGACUAUGGACCAGACUUUAUGUGAAGGUGUUAAUCCAGAUAGCUAUGCCAUGGAGCCCAUUCGUGUAGUUAAAGACUUUGGCUCCAUGGCAAUUGAACUGUGUGAAUAGGAUCUGAGCGCUAUUCGGUAGUUUUGUGCGCUCAGAUCCCAGCUAUCUGGGGAUAUGUGAAAUGUCUGUGUGUUAUGUGUAAAAAGUGACUUUAUGUAUUUUAAAGUGUUUUGUGUCUUUUGCAACCAUGUGCUUAAUGGAGUCUUGUGUCUGUCCUGGGAGAUAAUUGAAUUACUUAUCUCCAGGAUAGAAGACUCUGAAACUGGUUUGGGCCAGAAAGCCAUGCUUCAUUUAGUCACAAAGGACUUUUUACUAACUUUUGAACCCCUUGUCUGAUUUGUGCCAUUUUUGAAUAUGUUGUUCCCCUGAAUGGAUUGAUUGUGAAUAUGUAAUUUUAUGUGAAUGUGAUGUAUGGUUUUGGAGUUAUGAAAGUUGGGUAGAAAGUAUGUUUUAACUGUAUGUGUAAUUGAGUUUCCUCUCAGGAUAAGGGGAGGGAAUAUGUGGGAUGUAACUGUGAUGUGAUUGGUUGUUUUAUACCUCCCUGUGGGCGGUCCUGUAUGUGAAAGACUGUAAUAAAAACCAGGCUGGGUGUGCCAGCACAGGAGUUCCUGCUUAACCCUCAAAGUGAAGUGUCGUCUCAUUAUUGGGGAAGGAUUUAUUGUAUGCUGUUCCAGUUUGACUGCUAGGAGAGUAAACCUAUUCGUAUGGUUCCUAUUCAACUGUCUACAGCAUUCAUAUGCUUGAGAGGAUUCAUAUGCUUCUCCGGUUCGGUGGUUGUGGUGUCUGCUGCAGUGCUUGGAGUCCUCAGGAAGCGCUAGGAGCAUCUUUCAACGGAGGUACCCAGUCGGGGUGCCAGGCGAUCCGUUACACUCAUCUUGUGCUAUUACAGAAAGAACAUCUCUGAAGCAUAUCAGACUGGUCCCACCCAUACAGGCAGUCCAGAUCCAAAAUGCCAGCAAACUCCCUCUGCACAAGAGAUACAGCAACCCCAGAUGAUCAUUUUAACCUUGUUAGGCAUCAGUGAGGCAUUGCUGAUAUCUCUCUAGGCACUGUGAGCAAGGGGUCCAUGUCUGGAUUACCUUUUAAACUUAUGGAGAGCAAAAAUCAGCUAUGCCUCACUGAUGAUGCCUAACAAGGCUGAAACGAUUGUCUGGGGUUGCUGUAUCUCUCGUGCAGAGGGAACUUGCUGGCAUUUCGGAUCUGGACUGCCCGUGUGCAUGGGACUAGUCUGAUAUGCUUCAGAUAUGUUCUCUCUGUAAUGGCACAAGAUGAGCUAAAACCAGCUUGAGUUCUGAGCAGGGAUCCACCAAAGGGCAGGCUAUUUUAGUUGCUGUCCGUUCUCAGAAUACUCUUGCGACCAGUUGUUUGCUCUCCAUAAGUUUAAAGGGUAAUCCAGACGUGGACCCCUUGCUCAUGGUGCCUAGAGAGAUAUCAACUAUGCCACAGUGAUGAUGCCUAACAAGGCUGAAAUGAUCAUCUGGGGUUGUUGUAUCUCUCGUGCUGGCAUUUCUGAUCUGGACUGCCCGUGUGCGUGGGACCAGUCUGAUAUGCUUCAGAUAUGUUCUUUCUGUAAUGGCACAAGAUGAGCUAAUACCAGCUUGCGUUCUGAGCGGGGAUCCACCGAAGAGCAGGCUAUUUUAGUUGCUGUCUGUUCUCAGAAUACUCUUGCGACCUGUUUUUUGCACCCCAAAUAUACUAUUUGGCACCAAAUUUUUUUAGCAGAUUAGCAGCAAAACAAUUAGAAUAUUUACAACUGCGCAGUAAGCGCACGAUUUGACGCUUCUAUUUGACUCUCAGAUGUGAACUGCACCGCAGGCCCCAAAAUAUACUAUUUAGCAGAUUAGCACCCAGAAAAUAAGAAUGUUUACAACUGCGCUGUAAGCACACUAUUAGACACUUCUAUUUGAGUCUCAGAUAUGAAGUGCACCCCACUAAAAUACUAUUUAGCAGUUUAGCACCCAAAUAAUUUUAAGUUUUAAAACUGCAAUGUGACAGCAGUAUUUGACGAUUCUAUUUGACUCUCAGAUAUGAUGUGCACCCCACUAAUGUACUAUCCCACUAAUGUAUUAUUUAGCACCAAAAAAAUUAUACUUUUUAAAACUCAGAUGUAACCGCGGUAUUUGAAGCUUCCAUUUGACUAAUGUACUAGUUUGCAGAAUUCUUUCCUAAGCUGUCCCUAUCAGCGGCAGCAUCCUCUCCCUACACAAAUAAGACCUCAUGUGCGUGCGGCGCUACGCAACUCCAGCCUAUAUAUAGAGGCUGGGUCACAUGCUGCACUGGCCAAUCACAGCCAUUAGAUGGCUUCUAAGGGCACAUGAGUCAAACGCUUGUUGACUGGCUGCCCUGCAGCCUUUGAAAACAUGCCAUUAAAUAGCUGAACACCGAACUCCAACCCGAACAUACAGUCAUAGUCCGUGUUCGGGUCCGGGGUCCAAAAAACCUAAUGUUCGAUAAGAACCCGAACUUUACAGUCCGGGUUCGCUCAACUCUAAUCAUGUGUGUAUGUGUUCAGGGUAUCCAGUGUGUGUGUGUGUGUGUGUGUGUGUAAGUAAUGCAUUGUGUGUGUAGGGCUAUACUAUAGAUAUUGUAGCUGCCCAGGAGUAGUGGGAGUUUGAGCGCAGGGCUUAAUUUUAUAUGUUUGCAUUUGCUUUUGUAUUAUACAGCCAUGUUACAGUGCUGCCACCUGCUCCCUAGCAAGGAUUAAUAAAUGUGCAGGAGUUUAGAAAAAUACCCCUCUCUCUCAUGAGAGAUUUUGCCAUUUGGCUUAAAGAAGCAAGGUGAAUUGUUAGCGUAGGACUCAUCUAAAAAGGUUUUGCCUUGACAUGGUAGGUGAGCUUCCACUUUUUGAACAUUGGAUACCAAAAAACUUUCAGUUAUUUAAAUGUGCUUGUGGUUUGGGAUAGUGCAAAACUAACUUUUUUUUCUAAAAUGUUCAAAUGUGUCAACUUUAGAUUGUUACAUAUUCAUUGCUAUGGGAGGGGCUUAGGGAGAUGAAAUCCUGGAUGUGAGGCUCUUUAGCUCCAGUUCUUUAUAGUUAGUGGAAAACGCAGGAUGGUAUUUUUGGUUGUUUAGAAUCUUUGAUUUUACAUCAGGCAGAUGAUUUGAGAUGCACUUUAUUUGGAAAAAAUUUUUUAGCAGUAUAGUGCAUCCCUAGGCUGCUUAGGAAAGGGGAUUGUUUUGUCCAGGUAACUAGUGAGAAGGGUUGCUUGAGAAAAAUAAUGUUGUUGUAUACUUUUCUAUCUGUUUGGUAGUUUGGUGAGAUUAAAUUGUGUAAUGUGCUGUGCAGCAAGAGCUUCUUAUGACUGAUUUAUUUAAGAUCCUGGCUCAACAGCGUGCUAAGCAUGGUAUAGAGAAGAUUAUUUAACAUGGAAAAAGGUGGGGAUACAUCAAUGAUAUGUCUCUGCUUCGGGCUCAAGCCCCAGGUGUUUCUGGAAUAUAGCAAUGCCCUUCUUAUAUCUAAUAACAAGGGGGAGAUCUUAUUUUCAUAAUGAUUGUAUUUUCUUUUGCAAACUUCUGUUAAUUAAAAAGGGGAUCAGUAGCAUCAGGAGUGAUUUUUAAUUUAAAAAAAUAUUUUAAUACAUUAAAGUAAAAAGUCAGUGGACAAAUGGCGACCCAUUCACCUGUUUCACCCUGAAAAGAACAAAGCUUUCCCACACAUUGUGCCCUUAGUGCAAGUGUCCUUCAUUGGGGAAAAACACAGUGACCCAUUAGCUUAUAGCAACUGCAGACAUACAUGGCAAGACUCGAAGAGUGACACCACUACAAUGAAAGGCAUUUCAAAAGGGAUAGAAGCAGAAAAAGUUAUUUCAUUAUUAUUAUUUUUAAUUAUUUUUAUUCCACCCACAGAUUUUAAAAUACUUUGGGUUGGGUCCGAUCUCCAUGUUGAAUGGCUACAUGAACGAUCUGCUUCUGCAGCUCUUAGGUGAUAUUGCUUAAAAUUGACAAUUAAUCUACUUAUCUUGUUAUGGGGAUAUGAAAAUAUUACACUUUUAGAAUGAAAAGUUGUAUUUCUUAAACUGUGUACUUGAUUUUGCAAACUGCAAAUAGUUUUUCAUACAAUGGUGUACAGACUUUAGGACGCCAUCUUGUCCUAGGUUAGUGUAAUUCCUCAAGUCAUGGAAUUUCCCUACGUUUUAGUCUAGAUAUAGAUAGGAUGUCCCCAUGUGAAAUUACCAAGUAAAGGUAGUUCCUAAAAUUACCAAAUUGAACAUCUAAGGUAUAAAUAUGUGUACUUAUUAAUAUUAGGAUACAGAGGAGAGAGAUUGGAGACAGGGAUGUUGCUCCAUUUUAAUGACAGAGAGGUUGACAUGUUCAGGAGGAUAUGUUAUUCUAUUUUACGGAUAUUGCAAGCAUAUAUUUUAAUCUUAUAAACUCUGCUAUAAAUUAUUGCAAUGGACUAUUAAGGUUUUAUAUGUCUAUAUAUCUUUAUUUAUUUAAUAAAAUAUUUAAAAAGGCAAACCUUUAUUGCUUCCAAGACAAUCCCUAUUUAUAUUGUAUUCUCAAUUAUUUAUAUAUUUUAACUCUUACUAACUAUAUAAUAUUAUGGCUAAGAUAUCUGUAUGGUUAGCCCUGCUAAAUUAUCUGCUUUAAUACAUUAUAGUGGUAAAUAUGGGGACCAGCUGCGAUUACAAUCUGAAGCCUAUAAGCAGCAGUCCUGCAUGCAUAGAGGUGCUGGAACUCACACUUUACUCUCCUUGUAAUUUCUAGUCCCUUGGAGGGUACUUAGAUAUCGUGUUAGCUGAUGGGGCAGACAGCCAAUGUCCUGCUAUCGUGCACUACGGUUUCAAGCUGAAUCUCUGUAGAUAUUCGGAACUGGCCUAA